AUGACAAGAGAUGAUGUAAUCAGAGAAGCACAGCAACUGUCAGAUGACUUUUAUCAAAGAGGUACAGUUCAUGUAUUGUUACCUUUUAUGGAGAAUGAUUGGAAAACAGGUAAACUUACAAACGUAGGAGAGCCUGUUAGUUUAUUCAAUCCUACAGAAUACAAUGUUGAUGAACCACCAUACUUUAAUACUUUUCUUUUAUACCUCAUACCAACAGAUGUAGUAGUAAAAGCAGGAGGUUGUAAUGGUAAAGAGAAUGAUUGUUUGUGGGAAGCAAUGAUGCUCAUUUGUCCCAAGACAACUAGAUCCGUUUUCUCAACACCAGAGUCACUUAAAGAGGCAAUUGGUUUGGAUAGAACGGAUCUAGUUCCUUUGGACAAGAUUCAUGAAAUAGAAUCAAGACUACCCUCAAGAUUCAAGAUUAUAAAAAAAAGAGAUUACAAGGUUCAUGGAGUAGCAUCUAAGGAAAAGAAACCAAUAGUAUAUCAGUAUUUGGAUGAUGGUACUGUAAAGUUAUUUAAUGGAAUUGAAUAUAGCAAUUGUACAAAAACAGAAUUCGAGGUAAAUCGAAGAAAUACUAUUACCUGUGUCCAAAUACAUAUAUCAAAUUGUUUGGUGGAUUAA